CUCUGAGCUAAGAGCUAGGGGAAGUAAACCAAGCCAGAGAGAACAUUCCAGGAAGCCUGCUGCAGAGAAGAUCAAAGUAGCACCAUGUCUUCCCCCACCCCUGAGGAUAUCCCCCAGGAGCCUGAGCCCUUAAGCUCUAAGAAGAAAAAGAAGAAGAGACGGUGGCCACAGCAAGAGGCCAGCAUCCAAGCCCUCACCAGGGCAGGCCACGGGGCCCUGCUGGCUGGCCAGAGCCACGAGGCCUUGACCAACUUCCAGAGGGCCUUCCUCCUGGCCUCCGAGAUCCCACAAAGCAGGGACACCUCUGUGCUCCAGGCCUGUGCCUUCAAUCUGGGGGCUGCCUAUGUGGAGACUGGGGACCCAGCCACAGGUCUUGAACUGCUCCUGCGAGCCCAACCUGAAGAGAAGGCACCGGGCAAGUGUCACGGUGACCAGUGUUUCAAUGUGGCUUUGGCCUACCACGCCCUGGGUGAUCUGCCUCAAGCUUUGGCCUGGUACCACAGGGCUCUGGGCCCCUACCAGCCACUAGGUGACCAGGGUCAAGCCCAGGCAAAAAUGGGAGCCUGUUACCAGGCUCUGGGACAGCCUGAGCUAGCAGCUUGCUGCCUGCAGGAAGCAAGCCUGGCCUACGGCCAAGCAGGGCAGCCCCGAGCUGCAGCCCUGGCCUUGGGGGCUGCGGCAGGGUGCAUGCUAAAGAGCAGGCAGCACGGGGUGCGUGAAGUGGUACAGGUGCUGGAGGAGAGCUGGAGGCUUGCUGAGAGGAGCACUGAGAAGGGACUGCUGGGGCAACUCUAUAACGACCUUGGCCUAGGCUACUCGAAGCUCCAGCUGUUCCCGCUGGCAGCAGAGGCCUUCCUGCAGGCCCUGCCCCUGUGCCAGGGGCCCGGAGAGGAGGCCACGGUGCUAAGAAACCUUGGGAUGACCCACAAUGCCCUUGGCAACUACCAGGAAGCCCGGGACUUUCACCAGAGGGCUGCCAACCUGCAUGGCUCUGUGGGGCAGCGUUGGGAGCAGGGCCGGAGCUUCGGCAGCCUGGCAUUUGCACUGAGCCAGCUGGGGGACCACGAAGCUGCCAGAGACAACUACCUGCAUGCUCUGCAGGCUGCACAGGACACUGGUGACGUGAAGGGGCAGUGGCAGGCCUGUGAGGGGCUGGGGGCUGCUGCAGCCAGACUGGGGCAGCAUGAUCGGGCCCUGAGGUACUAUAAGGAAGCUCUGGCCCGGUGUCAGAAGGAGCCAGAUCCCGUGCGGGAGCGUUUGGUGGCCAAGCUGGCGGACGCCAUGAGGACCCAUGUGGCCCACGGUGGGCUGGUCCCUACUCACACUCUGAGGUCGGCUCCAGAGAGGCCCCAGGCUCCAGGUGGGACCUGCUGCACAGUGACCCCAGCCAGGGUGGGAAGGGGCACAGUGGAAGGGCAGCACAGAUCUUCACAUGGGUGGGAAGAAGAGUUAGAGGAGGGCCACGCACCGAGACUAGAGCGGCUCCCUGACUCCUAG